GGAAUUCCCAGACGUGUCUCUAGAGCUCUGACAAAUAUUAAUUUCAUCACACAUCGACACUCAUUCUGCUCGGGGAGCCGGAAAGAACAACCGUCUGUGUCGAGAUAACGCAAUAUGGACGCUCAUCUGCCGCCCUUGCUGGGGGACAACCAACAUACAAUGGCUGUACCAGAGGUCCAGAUCUUUGAGCAGCCCAAGCAGAGAGGCAUGCGCUUCAGGUACAAGUGUGAGGGUCGCUCCGCUGGAAGCAUCCCCGGGGAGCGGAGUUUUGACAACAACAGGACCUACCCAAGUAUCCAGAUCCUGAACUACUGUGGCAAGGGCAAGGUGCGUGUUUCCUUGGUGACCAAGAGUGAGCCCUACCGGCCCCACCCCCACGACCUGGUGGGAAAGGACUGCAAGGAAGGGUACUACGAGGCGGAGUUCGGGCCGGAGCGCAGGGUCAUUGCCUUCCAGAACCUGGGCAUCCAGUGUGUGAGGAGGAGGGAGGUGAAGGAGGCCAUCAUGCAGCGAAUCACCAGAGGAAUCAACCCUUUUCAUGUGCCCAAGGAGCAGCUCGUGCAGACCGAGGAGUAUGACCUGAACGUGGUGCGUCUCUGCAUCGAGGUGUUCCUCCAGGACCAGAGCGGACAUUACUCCAUCAAGCCCCUCGUCACCAACCCCAUCUACGACAACCGUGCCCCAAAUACGGCUGAGUUGAGGAUCUGUCGAGUCAACAGGAACAGUGGUGCCGUUAGGGGAGGAGAUGAGAUCUUCUUGCUGUGUGACAAAGUUCAAAAAGACGACAUCGAGGUUCGCUUCUUCACCAAAGAAGGCUGGGAGGCCAGGGGCACCUUCUCCCAGGCGGACGUCCACCGGCAGGUGGCCAUCGUCUUCAAGAGCCCCCCCUACUACGACGCCUCCAUCACCAAUCCCGUGGUCGUGCAGAUGCAGCUGCGCCGGCCCACUGACCAGGAAGUGAGCGAGGCCAUCAACUUCCAUUACCAGCCCGACGACAAAGACCCGUAUGGUUAUAACGAGAAGAAGCGGAGACUGGAGCAUAAUUUCCAAAUAAAGAAGUCUGAUCUGUCAGCUGGUUCCCUGACUGGUUUGACAGCCAACCGGCAAAAACUAGUACCAUUUAGCCCCAUGAUGGGCCACAGAAAAGACAACAAUCCAAUUCCGAGGAGCCUCGCAUCGGCAAUGCACCAAACCUCUGUAGCACUUAACACGGCCUUCAACCUUGCCCCUCCACGCACCUCCGGGUUGCCAUUUCCUCAGCCCGCUGGUGUUUCACACACCCAAUCGUGGCGAAUCCCCAACCCAGCAUUCUCCAUGGACACCAUCAGGACCCACCCACUUUGCACCAUGAGCCCUGCAGGGCACAACGUUAGGCCGCAGCAGCCUAAUGCUGCCUCUGGUUACCCUGCUGGCACCAACCUCUUACCCGAGCUUUCCGUGAAGGACUUGCAGUUUUUGGAUCCGGAACUCCAUGGUUCCUUGAUAGGCCAGGCACUACAACAGCCCCAGCAUUAUUUCUUUCAGCAGCCACGGCAGCAGCAGCAGCAACAACCACAGCAGCAGCAGCAGCAACAACCGCAGCAGCAGCAACAGCAGCAGCCGCAGCAACAUCAGCAUCAACAACUUCAACAACACAGGGUGGAGUGCGGCACGGAGACCAAAGGCCAGAGCAUUCCCGGUGCCCAGAGCCAUGGUCUCCAGCCUGCAUGGUCUGGUGUUGCUUCCCCUAGCCCCAUGGAGGGCACCUUGAAUGGGCCAGGAGAUGGCAUGGGCAACCCAGGGCUCGGUAGUUUUCCCCUCUUGGAGGGGAUUGAGGGAGAUGAUUUUAUCAAGGGUCUGAUGGCCGGAUGGCCUCAUAAUGGUUUCCAGGUGAAACAGGAACAGGUUGCUGGUGGACAGGACAACCGUGCUCCUUUCAUACAACCCACGAUGGAAAGUCAGGGUAUCACUUACACUGACCUGCUUCCAAGGCCCAUGAACAAUGGCAUCAGCAGCGAAUCAAUGGCACAAGACGGCGGCAAUAGCUGCAAACAUCCUAAUCCAAACAGCCGCAUCCUCCAACAAGGCUACUUCUCCUCUCUGGCUGACUGGGUCAAUCAGACCAAUGACACGACCAAGUGACUGACCAAAAUAACUUGGGGACAAUUGAGGAUGAACAAAAUGCAAUGCCUCAUUUGAGUUGCUCAUUUGGAGGCUGAUGAGUUUUUUUCAUGUAUGCAGUUAGCUCUUAUGGUAGACCAAGGUUUUGCAAUCUCAUUUUAGCACUGGUAUCUUUUCAAUGCAAAUCUACUGCUGUCUGAGUGUCCUCUGGGUACUGGUAGCAUAUAGGUGGGUGUGUUCUCAUAGGAGGGAGAGUUGGAUGGAUGUAAAAACAUGUCUCUAACAUCAGCCAGCUAAACGGUAAACAAUUGGUAUUGGUCCCUUUUGGAUAGUGUUUCGUCAUUGUUUUACCACCAGUUAUAUCAACAACGCAUUGGGUAAAUGUUAUGUGUUUGUAUAUAUGCUGUAUAUUUCUGCAACACUCAGGCUGUAAGCGGCCAUCUUGCCGACGUGCUCGAAACACGGCAAGUUAGGGAAAUUUCCAAUGAGGAAGUGGGAGAAAUCACAGUCACCAGCGGCACUGUGACGUAUUUCCUUUGUAAUGACUAUGUCAUACCACUGUGCUCGUAGCGAUCCUAUGAAAGUCAACAGAGUAUUGGGUUGUGAACCCUUUACAAUACACCUCUUGUUUUGUUUGCCCUUUACCUUGUUCUUACACUAUCUGUGGGCAUCUGAUGGAGACUGUGUGGCUUUUCCAGGACCGUGGGGGCAGGGCGGAGCUAUGAACAGACUCGGAUUGUGUUUAGCUUAGUAAAUUGAUCUCUCACGCCAUUGGUCAGUGUACGGCUGCUCAACAAUCUCCUUUCAAUUGUUUAGAAAAAAAGGUACAUAAUACUCUGCUUAGCUUUUAGUGGGCAUACAUAUAAAUCGCACAUUCCUAUGUAUUGCACUUAUUUCAAGACAAAAUGUUGGUAGAAUGGGACCUUUUUGACACAAUAAAUGUUUAAUGACUAAU